GACCCUGAGAUUUUUGGUAAGAAAACACAAAAAAUCACGCAUUUACGAUGAUUUCCACGGUUUAUCUUGGUUCAACCAUCGUCACCAGAGUUACACUCAAUUCAUCCUUGAAGAGAAUCAAGGAUCAGAUACACAAUGAAGCGGGAAUUCCUCCGGAAGACUACUACGUACUCGUGAACGGACGCCGUGUUGGAGAGGACGAUCUGAUUCCUAGAGGAUGCGGUCCUCUGAACUUGGUUCUGCGUCAGAAGGGCGGAAAGGGUGGCUUCGGAUCCAUGCUGAGAGCUAUUGGGGCACAAAUUGAGAAGACAACGAACAGGGAAGCUUGUCGCGAUCUCAGCGGACGUCGCCUGAGAGAUAUCAACGAGGAGAAGCGCCUCAAGGCAUGGUUGGAGAAACAAAAGGAUACGGAGGCUGAUAAGAAGGAGAAGAAGAAGCAAAAACUCGAGCGACUCCUGCAGGAGCCCAAAUUUGAGUUCAACGACAAGGAAUACGAGAAGGCGAGGAAUGAAAUGACUGAGAAGAUCGAUGACGCCGUGGAGAAGGGCUUUGAGAAGGCGGUGGAACUGGCCGGAAGCUCUGGAGCGGCGAAAAGGAAGGCCACAGAGACGCAAACAGCGGCUGCCAAGGCCAAGAAGAAGAAAACUACGCUCUGGAUCGCUGACGAUCUCAGUUCGUCAUCAGACACAGACUCUGAGGAUGAAUCCAAUGCAUCCUCGAAGGACGAAAGCAGCCAGAGUUGCUGCUCAUCUGUGAUUGACAAGUGAAACACAUCCAGAGAAUGCAGGAGUGUGAGUCACACUCCAGUGUUAUCUGUUUAGCGAUAAGUAUGUGCAGCAGCUCUGCGAGAGGGAAGAAUUAAUAAAAACAAUUGUAGACGGAAAUUUAAAUAUUUGAUCAUUCGUGUCUCCAGAUCAUUGACGCAGUUGUUCGCCAGCACUUCUGAAGCACUCAGGGAAGGUGGAAAGCGCUCACGGAGUGAGAUUGACAGUGCAAAAAAUCCUCUUUUCGCUGAUCACACAUAAUUUAUGGAACACUCGAUCACAAAGCAGGGAAUUUGUGCGGCGAUAAAGAGUCUAUAAUUGAGUUAUUGGACCUUUAGCGUGCGAUUAUCGGGCAAAUAAUGUGAGUUGAGUGUCUCAGGUACUUUUGCCGAAUACCUGAGCUGCACGUGUGUUUGUCGGUGGGAGAUUGCAAGAAGGUGUUCUCCACAGUCUGCAAGAGCUGAAAAAGCGUGAAAUCUCGUGCGGAGUGGGGAAAAGCCAUCGAAAGAGGCAGAGUUACAUCACACAUUGUACGUUAUGAAAGUCAUCUGAUUCCGAGCUGAUAAGAGGGCAGAGCCAGUCAACAAAGAGGUCACAACAAAGUAAUAACAUUUUAUCAGCUAGAGAGAAUGUCUGUGCGGACUUGAGCUAUCAGUCCUCUUUAUCAGCUCUCCUGGAAGCGUACUGGAGACCAUCAGAGAUACUGGGCGAAACCACAGAGCAAGCAGGGGCCUUAUAAAAUCUCUAAUCGCCAGCAGUGGUCAAUUCACUUGCGAUUAUGACACCGUGAAUUCUCCCUCGUGGAUCUUGCCUGUGUUUGUGGAUUGACUUUCGCUGCUGAUCUCACGGACGAGUUUUGCCAGUGAGUGGAAAGGGAAUUCACGUAUGUGAGAAAUCGCCAGAGGUGGUCUGCAGGCAGUUGCUUUCGAUUCGCCAAGCGAGCACGAGUGUGUGAUAUCCUCUGAACGACUGUGAAGA